AUGGUGGAAGCAUAGUGAAGAAUAUGUAUGAUUUUAGUUUAUCCCUUUAUUUUAUUUUCAUCGGAAUUGUAUUUUUACAUCCAUUCUGUAAAGGAGCAACUCAUUGGUUUGUCACAGAGGAUGGAAGAAUUCAACAGCAGGAUGACUCUGUGUUCAAUCUCAAACGACCAUACGAUCUGGUCACCUUUAUUCAGCAACAGACGGCAUUUGACAGGUUAAAGAUCUUGCGAGAAGAAUACCUGGAAGAGAAACGAAAAGUUAUUAAAGCAAGAGAAAAGGAGAGAGCAGAGAUUCAAGAAUCCUUUUACAUAGAAGAUCCUGAUUGUGUUGAUGCAGGAGGCCACAUUUCAGAGUUUGAAUUACAUUUAGAAAUGACUCUUCCCUUUUCAAAGAAAGGCAUCAAUCUUCCAGAUCAUCUCAGCCUUUGCCAGUCACUCCCCUCACAUGUUGAGCCACCAGUUUGUCAAGCUCAGUUACCAACAGUUAUACACAGCUAUGACCAUCUGGAGGGAGUGAAUCAUCGGCAUCAGCUGAAUUCCAUCCCUGAGCCAGCACUACUCACAACAAUGUCACCUUAUUUUAAAACUGCUGGAGAAUUAGGAGGCCAUGUGAGUUUGGCUCUAAAAAAGAACUCAACUUCUUGGGUUUUACUCAAUCUUGCGGCAUAUUAUUGGAGAAUUAAAGGGAAUGCUGCGCAUGCUGUGGAAUGUUUAAGACAAGCUUUGUAUCAUUCACCAAGGGAGCACAAAGAUCAAGCACUGAUGAGCCUUGCUGCAGUACUUUACCAUGCAAACCACACCUAUGAUUCUAUUGUUCUUCUGCAUGCUGCCAUGGAAACUUGUCAAGAAUAUUCUGUGUAUCACUAUCUACUUGGAAAUAUCUAUGCUUCUCAGAGGAUGUAUGAAAUGGCUGAUCUGUGUUACAGAUUUGCUCUGACAGUUUCCCCAGACACUAAAUCAUUGUGUGAACGAGUUAAAGCCGUUAGGUGUGAGAUGAAGUUAAAACAACUGUUAAAAGAAAAUCAAUUAGCAUUCGAUGAAAGGUUGGACUACCCUGGCACCCCUGAACUUGAUGAUUUAAAGGAAUCUAAAGGUGAAGAAGCCGAGAAGAAACACCUCCUUCCACUAGAAACCUUCAAGAAGCAACUAAACCGGUUCUACCUGCUCACAGAAGGUCUACCAAAGAGCCCAGAUGCCUGUAAGAGCCGAUCUGUUCCUGUGAAACAGGAAGGAGAUUCGCCAUCUGACGGUACUGGAACAACAGAGGAACGGGAAAAACAACCAAAAGACGAAGACUCGAGCAAGUCAGUUAACAACCAGCGAAAUGAGAUAGAGGAAAAAGAAGCCGGAACUUCUGGAUUACAAACUCCACCGCAAGCAGAGGAAAUACACAAAGGUGUCGCUCUGGAAUCUGAUCUAAAAUCGAAAUCCCUUGAUAGAAACGGCGAAGAUGAAGAACGCACUAUCUGGAAAGAAAAAGGAACAAUGAGUGAAUCAUUAAAAGCAAGGAAUUUCCGAUUAAAUAAUUCUAAAUUUUCUGCGGAGGUGAAAACUGUGCAGGAUUUAGAAGAGGCUCGUUUGGCGUUGACUCGAUUAAGAAACGUCAUGAAAACUGUUACUCAUACAAAUUUUGCUACACAGACUGUGAAAACAACCGAGGAGAAAGUCCCCCAGAGUGAAGACAGUACGAAGACAUUGGCAGGAAAAACAAACCAUAUAGAAAGGACUUCAAAUGUACAGCAGAAAGAAAUUAAGUUAAGGAGGGAGAAUACUGGUGGACGCUGUGAGAUUGGUUCGAAAACAAUGAAACACGACGCUGGUUUUGAUAAACCAAGUGAGGAUGGCACUGCCAGAAGUGGUACUGCGAAUGAUGUUAAGCUUGGUAAGCAAAAAGGAGAGUCUAUUCUAUUAAACAAGAACGAUCCAGGUUCUAAGUUUGGUUAUCUGACACCUUCGAAGAACACUCGAGACAGUCUUCUUGCGGAAUCACUGUUUGAGCAGCCAAAAGGAAGCGUCCCUGUCGGGCCUAAACACACGCCUCCUCUAAAAGACCAAAAAUCCUUGCCUAGUGUCAGAAAUUGUGAAGAUCUUGGAAGGAAGAAACGUAAAGGUGAAGCGUUCAAUGCAGAGUGUUUCACUGAGGAUGCCGACAAACAGACGCACCCCACAAGCGCUGGAAGCGAUGCAGGUGUCGAGCGCUUUGUGUCAACCACUGAAUUUACUAAGGCCGAGGAAAAUAAACUUUCCACGGCCAAAAGUUCUCUUCUUGAUUCGGAUGGCGAGGUAGUUUUGAUGAAGAAAACUUCAGGAGGUGAGAUUUCGGCUACCGCGCCCACGGAGUGCACUUCUGAUGCAAAAGUUCUCGAGCAAAAUGAGAAGAAACGUAAUGGAAAUACACAAGUUAAUGUUGGUUUGAAUGCAAGUGGCAACAACAAUCUCAAAGGGAAUUCUGUCGAGAGUGUUUCCACCAUGCAAAGCGAAGCAAGUGAUGUAGAAACUGAAAGUAAGGAACAUCACGGGAAGGCGAACCCCAGUGGGUGCGAAAAACCAAAUUCGAACGUAUCAGAAAAUGAUGGAAAGAAAUUCUCUGCCGCUGAUGAGGUUGCGAGAAGUAAAACCAGAGAUGAAGAGGAUUAUAGUUCUAAUAAUAAAGUGUCUGAUAGAACAGAUACUAGUGGUGUCGUAAAAAAUCCAAAAAACACCAACGGAGGAAAGAGUAAAUUGGAGAAAAGACAAACUCGGUUGGACUCCAGCGUAACAAAAGAGCUACCUGCUAAAAGUGAUAAAUCGAGUAAAGCAGACAACGUUCAAUUUAAGCGAUCGCCUGAUAUAAAGGAACAAGUUAACAGCGCAGAGUUUCUCCACAGUGUUGGUGCAGGAUCGAGCGUUUUCGAAACAAGCUUUAUGAACGUGCAAACUGACGGAUCUCUUCAGGAUCUGAGUGAUGAGGAAUGCCGUCAUAUCGAGGGAGUUCGGGCUCUGAUUGUCAGAAACAAACAGUUCAGUGCAUGGCUGUCGUUGGAGACCAAAAACAUCGACGUGCGGGCUCACAUCGACUUCUUGAUUGAGGUGGACGGCUUUCCCAGGAGGCCUCGUUGUACGGCAACGAUCAGGAACAACUUGUACACGUUCCACAACCUUCCGGGGGUGGUCAACGCAGCAAAUCUUGAGCAAGUCGCUGAAGUUGGUCUCACUCAGACUCUGUUAAGCGUGGGAAGAACGAUCCAAGACAGUGUUGAUGAGAUGGGAACUCGAAUUUACAAUGCCCUAAAGAAGAAUUCUACGUCUUGGGUGCUACUGAAUGUAGCGGCUCUUUAUUGGAGAGUACAGGGAGAUACUGCUGAAGCCAUCAAGUGUUUACGUCAAGCGCUUUCCUUCUCUCCUUCUGAUGCAAGAGAUGUAGCUUAUGUCGGUCUUGCCAGUAUAUUGUUAAGAGAAGGCCAGCUAGACGACACAGCUGUAGUCAUAAAGAAGGCAUUAGAGAUUUCUCCUAGUCUUGCCCUUGGACACUUCAUUCUUGGUAAUGUCUUCGGUGCUCAGAGUGAAAUCCCUGAGGCUAUUCAACAUUACCUGCUCGCCUUACAGCUCGAACCAGGCUUUACACCGGCCGUGGAGCGGUUAAAGAUCAUUCAGUGCGUGUUGUGGAAACAGCAAAAAGCUCUAGAAAAGGAAGCCGCUGACCUCAGGAAACUCCUUUCUCCCAACUGAACGCAUUCGACAGCGAGCUCGAACUUUCCCCCUCAACAUUCGUAGUCUGAAACACAGACUUUAAUUUUCUAAAAUAGUUAAAAUUGCUGGGUGAAUGGAUAAGUAACAGAGUUUAUUUCUUUAAUAGGAAAAAAAGCAUAUUUGGCAAUUGAUGAAUUAUCUUUUUGGAAGAAAAUUUUCUAAUUACGAAAAGAAUUAGCCUCCUUCGCAGACGUUCUUUGGGCUCGUCACGCAAUCUAGGGGAGGAAGAUUACGUGACGAGCCCAAAGAAGGUCUGCGUAGGAGGCUAGAAAAGAAUAAGCUCAAAAUUUUUAAUGAGACCAAGCUUGUAAAACUAGUCAUAGAACGUUCUCCUUUUUGAAAGAUAGGCCUACGGUAUGAAACUUUUGGAAAAUGUUAAUUGACCGUUAACUUUUCUUCAAGCGUUUGCCAAUAAAUUUAUCAUUGAAUUUUGUAA